GACACAGACAAAACGAAAAGAGACGAGGGACAAGAUCAUGAAGUAUUUCCCCUCUUCACUGCUCCAAUUCUCUGCGAUCCGCCUUUGUGUCGGUGCGUGAUCCUGCGGUGAAUCUCGCACGGGGUUUUUGCUGGCAGACGGGGUGAAGUGCUUCCUGAUAAUAAAGAGGUGCGUCUUAUUUCCAUUCCAGUGAUUGACUGCGCACGGCUUUCACCGGCGGAGCUGGGGGCAUUGACGCAUUGUGGAGUCGACAGGGGGUAGCACUGCAACCAGGACUUCGCUUCAUAACGGAGGCAUCUCUCGGCGGAACCGCGAUGGCCGUGGUGCAGCUCGACAGGGAGGACCACCAACCUGAGAACGGCUUCGUGUCCCCCGAAACCACGUCGCCGGGGCUGCUGACACUCACCGACGGCUCCGUGCUGCCAUUUCUCGGGGGUUUUGGGAAGUACCAGAAACAGCUGAUCGUGCUGACAUGGAUCCCGGCGUUAUUCAUUGGAUUCAGCCAGUACUCUGAUAAUUUCCUCCUUGCCCAGCCGAACAACACAUGUAUCCAGCCUUUGGCAAACCUGACUUAUCAUAAUGCAACCCAUUCCUCGUUGUUGGACGGUCCAAAAAACAUCAGUGCGCGGGCAGCUCGUAUGUAUGCCAAUGGAAGUUACGGUACCCACAAUGACACGGCCAACAUGCAGUGUGGGUGCAGCGAGUGGACUUUCGAGCUGCACACUGGGCUCGUACAGAACGUGGUUACCAAGUGGAGUCUGGUGUGUGAUUCAGCAUGGAAAGUCCAUAUCGCCAAAUUCUCUCUGUUGGUGGGAUCCAUCUUUGGAUACCUGACUUUUGGAGUCCUGGCUGACUGGUUUGGUCGCCACCCAGUGCUGAUCAUUUCGGUGCUGUUCAUGCUGGUGUUUGGUCUGACUGUGGCCUUCUCCGUCAACGUCCCUAUGUUCAGCACCCUGCGCUUCUUUGAGGGCUUCUGCCUGGCGGGGAUCUACCUUUCUCUCUAUGUCCUCAGGAUCGAGCUCUGCCUACCAGGAUGGCGUUUCUCCAUGACCAUGGUGGCUAGCUUUGUGGUGCUGGGCGGUCAGCUGCUGAUGCCUGGAGUGGCGUACCUCUGUCGCGACUGGCAGGUCCUCCAAGCUGUCAUCAUCUGUCCCCUGCUGCUGAUGCUGUCCUACAUCUGGAUCUUCCCUGAGUCGCUGCGUUGGCUGCUGGCCACCCAGCAGUACUGCCGCUCCAAGUGGAUCAUGGGACACAUAGCAAAGAAAAACCAAGUGAACAUGGAGCUGGACCCGGAUAAUAUCCUCACAGAACUGCAGAGAGCUCUUCAAAAUAAACACAAGAAGACGUGCAUUGUGAAAAUGGUCGGGACGAGAAACCUGUGGAAGAACAUUGUUGUGCUCUGUGUCAACUCGCUAACAGGCUAUGGGAUCCACCACUGCUUCGCCCGCAGCAUGAUGGACCCUGAGGCUCAGGAGACGACCAUGUUCCAUAACUUCUAUGCAGAUUACUACACCAUGGCGGGCAUUGCGGUGGCCUCCUGCAUGGCCCUGUGCCCGGCCGUGGGCCUGAUGGGCCGGAGGGGGGGCCUUCUCAUGUUUAUGAUCAUCACUGCCCUGGCAUCUCUACUGCAGUUGGGCCUGCUUAACUUGGUGGGGAAGUACAGUGGCCAUCUGAAUAUAGAUAACUCAGGUACGCUGAAUAAGAACUUCUCCGUCGCCUUUUCUAUCAUCGGCAUGUUCUCCUCCCACGCAGUCAGCAACCUGAGCAUCUUUUUCUGUGCCGAGAUCACUCCCACUGUGAUAAGGGGUGGUGGGCUGGGUCUGGUCCUAGCCAGCGCAGGCUUUGGCAUGUUGACUGCACCCAUCAUGGAGCUCCACAAUCAGAAGGGCUACUUUCUUCACCACAUAAUUUUUGCCUGCUGCACUCUCAUCUGCAUCAUCUGCAUUCUCCUGCUGCCCGAGACACGCUACCAGCCCCUCCCAGAGACCCUGGCUGACGGCGAGAGAUACACCCGUCAACCUCUCCUCCCCCCGAGGAAACCUGGAGAACAGCGCCUCUUGCUGGCUCAGUCUGAGAGCAGCAGGGACUACACCAGGGUGCACGACACACCGCUCCACGAAGCAGCCGCCACUGCCGUGUCCACCAUGGACUCCACGGCCUCUUCGGCUGUUGAUUUGACCGCUCUGUCAGUGGGAGAUAUAUCCGCUCCAGUGUUCAUCGAGCUGAACCCCAGCAAGCCUGUGCUUAAAGACCCCAACGGUCACUCACUUCCAUCCUUAUCCAAAACUCCCAUCAACCCAACCCUGGGUAAAGAUGGCGUCAUAUAUGCCAGUAAAGAGCACCUGCUGUCUUCCACUCCUUCACACCAACCACCAUGCGCCACAGACCCACUUUUAGCCCAUGUCGAAGAACCUCAAUCAGUAGUCGUGGAAUCUGUUGAGCCAUUGAAGAAUUCUGCCAGUCCUGAAUUGAAAGGCAUUGGUCCCUCCCUUACAAAAGAGUCAGCAGCGACCCCCUCUCCUUCAUUAGACCGCUCCACUCCCCCCCUUCCCCAAACUGUGCUUGCCUCCUCCCAGAUCUGCACCACACCCACCAUUGAGCCCCCACCUAGCUCCACAUUAGAAUCCCCUAACCCAAUGGAAAAUGAGAUCAGUGAUAUCGCCCUGAAAAUUGACCCACCUUUGCCUGAGUCACCUCGAGCAGAAUUGCCUACUCCAUCCAUGCAUGACAGCCUCCCUCCAUCCCCUACCCCCUCCCCAGUUCCAGUACCAGAUUGCCACAUUUCCACUGACCUUCCGCCCUCCAUUAGUGCAAACUCUGACAUUCCCACCCAGUUAGAAAUAGUGGAACAAUCUACAUCCACUCCUUCAAAUAGAGACUCCCCCAUACCUCCUGUUAUAGACCCUGAACAGCUACAGUUAGACCCAACAUCUCCUUGUGUUAAUGAUAUAUCCCCUCGUCCCCCUACUCCCCCUAGCACAGACACUGUUUUCCCCUCACCCACUCCCCCCCCACCCAUUGACUCAGGCCAUACACCCUCAGAGGCCUCUUCUACUCCCCCUGUUAUAAAUACUGUCAGCACCACUGCAGAAAUUCCUACCGUUCUCCCCGUCACAGACAUUGUGCCCACCUCCACUCCAGAAUCUACCACUCUGACUAUUCAACCCACGCAGGAUUCAGCAGCUUCCUCUUCUGUAGAUUCAGCACCAACUCCCAUCCCAGAUUCAGGAUCUACAGAAGCAGCUCCGUCUUCUCUUAUGGACUGCACCGUUUCCUCCCCCAUAGACUCUGGCGUCCUUUUUAUCAGUGACAGUGCCAGCACAGAAAACAACACUGUCAAUGGCGUGGACUCGUUAUGAUCCAGUGUUGCAGCCAGGAGAAAGUUGCACGAGGAAGACGCCCACGUCACAUGAAUAACCCAGAUGAGGGCACAGAGGUGGAUACGAAAUGUCCUACUCAGACUUCAAGCACUUCCUGAAGAUUGUCCCCACCUGGAGUUGAGUGGACAUGUCUUACGGAGAUGCUGUACGUUCCUCAAUGUCCCCCCUUCCUGCAUUUGGCCAAUAAAUGAGACCACGCAAGUGAGAGUGCCAGAGGCUGGUUUGUGAAAAUGUGACAGUAUCUGCUCUUUUUGAAUGUCACUGGAAAUCACCAGCCUUUAAACUACUUUAAUGUAAAUGAAUUGAAAAUCACUGUUUGUUAUUUUAAAAAGACUUACCACUAAAACCCACAAUCACUGAGUACUGGUGAAAAAAAAGAUGCGCAAAACAAAAAAAUGAAAUCACUGGUACUUUUGCUUAAAUGAAAUGUCCUUCUAACAUAUUUGUAUAGAAAUAUCGCCUUACCUGUGUACCUAAAAAAGAAAAUCUGAAUGUUGCAAUGUAUUUUUUUGCCGUUAAAGAGGUAAACAAUCCAAAUUGGAGGGGUUUUUCUAAAUACGCCAAAAAACUACUCUGACCAAAAUUAAAUGUAGACCGUGCCAAAACAAAUUAGUAUAAAUACAGUUUUUUCCUGUUUCUGGAAAUACUGUUUAGUACAGUCCCCUGCCAUAGACUGUGUAUAGAAUCAAGUGAAUCAGAUGACCCCCUUUUCAAAAUAAAAGAAGAAGUAAAUCAAAUUACUGAAAGCUAUAUCAUCAUUUGAUCGUCGAAAUUGAGAGAUGGAGAUUGCAACAUUGCUUUCAUCAACAUGUGGUUCAUUGUAUGAACAGUGGUAUUAGAGGAAAGGAUGACCCAUAUUUUGUCGGUCUUAAGAAACUUUUAUUUUUUCAAUCAAUUCAGUCAAUGGAAUUUAUCGUAUGCAUUUGCGUUUAUCUGUAAAUUCGAUAUUGUUAGUAAAUGCAUAAUUAGUUGUUGGGCUUGAUUCAGCCUUUUUUUUAAUUCAAAGUAUUAUUUAGAUUGAUCUCCCAUAGCGUGCCCUUAUUGUACAAAGCUAUGCUACAUUCUUACAGUAUUUGUGGCACAUCAGUGUGGUGCCACCUUAUUCUUUGCAAGUUGGGACAAAGCAUGAAAAAUAAUUGUGAAUGUGUCAGCAAAACAAACCCUAAAUGCAAACCUUAAAAAUACACAAAACCUAUUUUUGAAAUGAAACCAAUGGAUGACAUAAUGUUCAAUGUGUUUUAUGUAUAUCAAGGUGUUCAUAUAUUCACAUGCACAAUUAAGUUUGCCUUUUUAAGAAAUGCAAUACAUCAUAUUUGUCAAAAACAAAUCUUAAAAUACAGGUCAAAUCCUUAUUUAUUUGUACAUGAACCUAUUCAUAAUCUUACAUUUGACAAACUCUUGCAUAAGGAGGCACUUUCUCUUCCAAAGCCUGUGUCCGUCUGUGGACAGCAUUAUACUUGACUUGUGUGAAGCUUGACAGUCGUUGGACUUCAUGGAUGGAAGUUGUAAUAUUUGUCAAAGAAAUUUGUAUGAUUACGGAUAGACAACUGUUUACAACAAUAAUAAUGAUAAAUAAUCAUCUUAAUCUUAAUCUCAGAGCCAACUGAAUGAUGUCUUGUCAUUUUAACUGCGAUACAACUCUCUCACGGUAUCAUGCAACAUUAAUCCAGGGAGUACUGAUGAUUUAUAAAGGUCAAAGACAAGAACAGACUUGUGUUACUCACAGUCAUACCUUGUUGUGGUACACUUACAGGUACUUUACUCAUCAAAUUGCUCUUUUGCUUUCAUCUGAGAUUAAUGUGCACUGACAAGGCGAUAUCUUUUGGUAUCUGAAUGAUUUAGCAAACCUCCUUUUUUUCCAUCAGAUGCAGCUUUUUUUCUAUUAUUCCACUGAUCUUUAUUAGAUCCUCAAGUCGUCAAACUUCCAUAAAGUGAAAGAUUCAUAUCAACAUUCAAUGUCUUACAUGCCAUGCUGCUAAGCCUCAAAGCACAAUGCCCUGCAAUCAUGUGAUGUCAAAUUAGGUGGAGCAUGGCGUCUUCACGGGUAUAAAAAAGGGAAAAUGAAGUGGGAUUUUGAAAGCAGAAAUGACAAGUAACCCAAUAACUUUUGCAAUAGACCCACAUGUAAUCCACUUUGCGGAAGAGGGUGUUGACACUGGAUUUAAGAAGGAAUUGUUGGCAUCCGCAGUAUGUAUGUUGACUGCAGUGGUCAGUGGCUUCACAUUACUCUGUCAUGCUUGUUGUCUGUAAGUGUUGGUCUCUCGUCUCUGUAUUGCAGGUAUUGUGUAUUGUAUUGCCAAACCUCCAUUCAACACCAGUGUAAAGACAGGGACACAGCAAAACACAGCUAGUGUCUUCUCUAAGAUCAGUUGCUUCCAUUUUCACAACUCCCAUGCAGCUAUUGCUACACGGUGCUGAUGGUGGUCAUUUAUCUGGGGUAAAAUCAGUGAAAGCAAUCCAAAGCAAUGUAAGCACCAGCGAUAUGGUGGACUAGGAGUGACAGGCAGAAAAGCAAAAAAAAAGAAGAGUGGUUUAUGCCUUUGUAAAUAAAUGUGUGGAAACUCCCAGCGUCGCCAGGAUGAAGAUAACAUGGACUGAUAAAUAGAUUUCAAACAUAGAUAACAAUCUCAGAGACAUGAAGUUCCCAGUGUACACAUUUCAGGUUUUGCUUCUCUCAACCGUGCGACCAGAACCUCCUGAUGGGAAUUUUGAAUGAAUGUAAAAACCAUGGAUUGUACCAUUUAUAAUUUCUGAUUGUUUGGUUUCAUUUAGUUUUUUUGUUUUAACAGACGUAAUGCACUUGUAUAUAAGCCAUACCUGUUGUUAAAAAUAAACCACUAUUUAUUGAUCAACUGGA